CUCGGCCCCGUGGUUUGAAGCUUUCCGUGCCAUGGCCGAGCUGGAUCCCAGUCCCUGGGAAGAUGCAGGGCCUGACGGGGAGCAGCCCACAGUGACGGAGGCAACGAAGAUGGCCCUGAGCUUCCCGGAUCGCCGGGAGGAGAGGAACCGCUGUGGGCUGAUCCGCUUCAAGUUGGAGAAUGGGAUGCCUGAUGUGGGCGGCUUGGGCUGGCGCAGUCGCGCCGGACAUUUGCUGAAGAAUCAGACCUUUUUUGCCAGUCGUCCAGGGGAAAAUCAGUGGAACAACCCAACUCAUGCAGGUCCCAGAACCUGGAGAAGCUAUCAUGGUCCCAAGCUUCGAACGGAUGCGGAUUUGAUGGAACGAAUGGAUCGAGUGGAGGCUUACCAUGCUGUUUGGGAAGCCAAGAAGGCCUUUGUGAAUACCGUGCGGAUGCAAACCUUGGAUCGUUUCUACAACCGGAAGAUUGAAAACGAACAGAAAGAGAUGGCAUCGACUUGGGCCCCGCACCGAAGAGCAAGGGGAGAGCAUCACAAGUAUCAUGAGACCAUGGCAUCCAACUUGGACAGUAUGCCCAUGAAGGAGUUGAAGAAGGUCUUGACUCCUACGGUCCUUCACGGGGAUCGCGAGGCCAUUCGCGCCAUCACCAAGCGCGUCCAGACCGAGGAGACUUGGAAGGUGGCCUGGAAAGAGAUGGAACUGGCCCGACGUGCCGAGACCCAGGCAGAUUUGGAACACCGCAUGACCUACAACGCCAUGCUGAUGGAGUUGGCGGGGCAGGCCCCACGGGCCAAUAAUCCCCGGAAGCCGCGGAAGUGUUCCAACCGGGUCAGCGAUUUGGCGCGGCCCGCGAAGCCUAAGACGCCUGAUGACAUCACGAAGCGCUCCGACUACGCGGGCCUGGUGCAUGUGGAUCACCGCCAUGCCAUGGAGGCCCGCUUCCCCGGGGCUGGCCAUGCCUUCACCGCCACCUUUACAGCAGAUGCGACGGAGCGCAGCAAGCCGGCCUUUCCGCCCCCGGAGCCACCGGCAACGCCAGCGUUUCCAGAGGAGAGCCAAUUCUCCGCUGAUAGCCGGUGUUUGGUGAGAAAAGGUAGCGCGCCCGUGAACCAGCAACGACUUCAGACUGUGAAGCAUCGGGAGGACGCUGACACCUUAGCGGAGCAUUCUCAGCGUCAAUUCCUGGCCACGGCGGCACCGCCAGCGCCGGAUCAGGGCAAAAUGCUUCUGAAGGAAACCAAUGCAGUGGAUACAGCUCAAAUGAGCCUGGAGCUCCCUCCACGCUCAGACCACACCAGUGGAAGUGGCAGCCUGCACUCCAAGGACUCUGGUCAGAAGCUGGACGUUGCACCGCCUGCUCGACCAAUGACUUAUCCUGUCAGCGUCCCAAAUGUGGAGGACAGCAUGGAGGUUCCAGAUUGGAGGCCGAAGCGUAGCCACGGCGCCCUUGCGACGGCAACUCCAAAAGAGCAGGCUUUGCAAAGUGCUCGGAUGGAACGUUGGCCCCCGGUUGGAAGUCAGACGGUGGACGUUACAAUCCUAUCAGCUUCAGGAUUGCCCAAAGCAGAUAGAACUGGGCAUUCCGACCCGUACGUCGUUGUGCAGGUGCCAGGCAAAUCGAGGUCAAAAGCUAAGACCACCGUGGUGGCUGCUACUGAGAAUCCUGAGUUUAACCAGACCGUGGUUGUGCGCGGAUGGCGGCGCGGAGAACCUUUGAUUAUCUCCGUGAUAGAUGCCGAUGUCAUGGGGGCGGAUGAUCAACUUGCAAGUGUGCAGGUUCCCAGUGCAGCCAUGUUCCCCCAUGGCUUCGAGGGAAGGCUUGAGAUGCGAAACACCUGGGUGCUGGACAAGGGCAUGAGCGAAGAGUACAAGGAGUACAACCUCUCCUGCAGGCCGACCAUUGACGUGAAGAUCUCCCUUCGGGACGACGUCUACACUGGUAGCGGGCCGGCUCUUAGCUAUCUGGAGGCAGAGCAGGCGGUCAGUAUGCCGGAUGCCCAACCCACGACUGGAGCCAUUUGCGCCCAUCUGGACAAUUUUGAAGCCCAGCUGAAGCCGGUGCCGCGCUUGGGCAAUUUCUGGAUGACACCCAGAUAGGCGUGGAUCCUCGCGGCAUUUUGGGUGAGCCGUUUUGUUCUGCUCCCGUUUUUUGGCAAGGCUGAGAGGCCUGUGAGCUGGAGUUACUUGACCCUUUGUCCUUCAUGGUCAGUGAAUAUCGCUCCUGAAAAGUAGCAAACUCAGUUGCAAAGUGAAGCCAGAAAGUAUUGGGGGCAGAGGCAGGUGCUUUCAGAUCUUUCAGCAUUUUGGUUGUUGAACAUCAACAAUCGUUUUGUCGCUCUGGAGCCCAAAGUUGGCAACUUGAUAGCCCACGGCAAAGCCGGAGGCAAAAGGAUGUACAUAGACUCGAGAGGCACUGCUCAAAACGAGUGGACAAACAACUCCGAGGAAACUUUCGAGUGCGGAGGAAAA